CAGAAGCUCCUCUCAACGCUCAAAAUGAUCGGGUUAGAUAGAUUGCCUAUGCUUUUCGAAAUCUGGGGAGUACCUAAGCAGUUACUCCUGAAUGCAACCCUUCAAAAUAAACAAUGCUUCAAUAACCUAACUGAUGUGGCGAUUAAGUAUUGUGAUAGCUUGAAAUAUGUAUUCCCAUCUGUAGCUGCUCAAAAUCUUUGUCAACUGGAUAAUCUCCAAAUUGUGGGGUGUCACAGAUUGACAAGAAUCACAGGAGAAGCACCAGAAGGUAUGCCAGCAAAUGUUCAAAAUGGACAUGUUUUAUUUGCCAACCUCAGAGCUGUUCACAUAGGAAGCUGCAGAAACCUGAGAAAUCUAUUUUCGGUUACGACCGCUCGAAGUCUUGGCAAAUUAGAAGAGUUAAAGGUAAAUGACAUGCCAAAUCUGGUAGAACUCAUAAGCAAUGAAGAAAGUGAAAGGAGAGAGGAAAACGAUAAAAUAAUCGUGCUGCCAGAGUUGAAAGUCCUGAGAAUUACAAAUUCUGGAAACAUGGAACGGCUUUGUACAGAGGCUUUCUGUAUGGAUCUACCAUCGUUAGAAGAAUUCGUUCUUCUGGAGUGUCCUAAAAUGGCUGACACUGUUAAACGUGGACUGGGUAGCGCAUCGAAUCUUCUUAAAGCACAGAUUGAGGAGCAAUCAUUCUUUGGCACAAUGGCACGAGAGGUUUUCAGUAGAAAGGUGUGAUGAAUCACCAAUCGCUAGUUGGUACAGGGAUUAGGGAAGUCCUUGGCACUUAUUGAAGAGGUGUACAUUUGUGGAAGCUUAUUCAUUUGUUUUAUCUUUUCACACGUUUCUUCAAUUGACAUCAAACAGAGUCCACGGAUAAUAAAGAUUG